AUUCCGGUUCCGGGAGGCGUGGGAGCGCUCUCCCAGAAGUCGAGGGUCGCGCGAUGCCGCUGCACAGGUAUCCCGUGCACCUGUGGCCGAAGCUGCGGCUGCGGCAGGGCAUCUGUGCGCGCUUGCCCGCCCACUUCUUGCGCUCACUGGAAGAAGAACGGACGCCGACCCCGGUACACUACAAACCUCACGGGACCAAGUUCAAGAUCAACCCCAAGAAUGGGCAGCGCGAGCGCGUUGAGGACGUACCCAUUCCAGUUCACUACCCUCCAGAGUCCCAGCAGGGACUGUGGGGUGGAGAGGGCUUGAUUUUAGGCUACAGAUACGCCAACAACGACAAGCUCUCCAAGAGGGUGAAGAAGGUGUGGAAGCCACAGCUGUUCACUCGGGAGCUUUACAGUGAAAUCCUGGACAGGAAGUUCACCGUGACUGUGACCAUGAGGACCCUGGAUCUCAUCGAUGAGGCCUAUGGAUUUGACUUCUAUAUUCUCAAGACCCCUGAGGAGGACCUGGGCUCCAAGUUUGGCAUGGACCUGAAGCGGGGGAUGCUGCUGAGGCUUGCUCGCCAGGACCCCCGUCUCCACCCUGAUAAUCCUGAGCGGAGAGCAGCCAUCUAUGACAAGUACAGGAGCUUUGUCAUCCCUGAGGCAGAGGCCGAGUGGGUUGGCCUGACGCUGGAGGAGGCCCUGGAGAAACAGAGACUUCUGGAGGAGAAGGACCCUGUACCCCUGUUCAAGGUCUACGUAGAGGAGCUGGUCCAGCGGCUUCAGGAGCAGGUUCUGUCCAGGCCCGCAGUGGUGCAGAAGAGCGCCGGUGACCGCGCCUGAGCACUGGGCUCAGCCUCCCCUGUGGGCAACGGGCGAACCCCACUUGGCAUGUGCUGAGCACACAGCUCCUGUGGUAGACUUUUCAGAGAACCCUUCUGUGCCAGGACUUGUGGAAGCCUGGAGCGGAGCAGAUGCCUGUCCAAGCUGGUCAAGUCCUUCUCGUUCUUGGGCCGGAAUAAGUAACAGUCUGAGGCGGUCUGCGCCACAGUAAAGUGUGUUGGUUUGCU